CAAAGUUUUUAGGCGAGAAUGUAGAUGUAUAGAUCUAAAAUAUCUGUCUGUUCCUACUUAGAAUCAACUUACAGUUGUCAUUUGUUCCAAGAAUUCUUCCUUGUUAUCACCACACAAGUAUUUUAGUUGAUGAUCUUCAGGGAAAACAGCUCACAUUUAUUUAAGUUUAGUUGAAGUCCAGAGUUUAAAGAGCUAAAGGGAUUUGAUCUAGAUUUUUCUAGAGAAGAAUCGUAUCAUCCACCAAGUGACUCUUACUGCUGGCUUGCUUAUCACAUCAUCAUCAUCUCUUCAACCAUUACAAAUAUCUAUGGUGGACUUCUACAACAUUGACAGAUUAUUUUAUGAAUGUUUAAUCUGUUACCUUUUUCCAUGAUUUAGGGCUACAAAGCUGUUUAUGUCUGUAUAUAGCAUCUUAGUAAAAUUUUUGAAUGUUUACAAAUCCUAAAUGAGUAUGUAUAUCUAACAAAAUUGCAGCUCUAGGGUUUUGCAUUGUGCUGUGGAUAACGAUGCAUACAGGUGUGAGUUGUUUCUUUUAUGUAGCUCAUUUGGUUAUGAAGCAUAGAUACGAUGAACUCAAGUUGCAAAUCUUGUCCGUAGUUUCAAUUCAAACAUUUUCUUGGAGCCUGCUGCUGCAACAUGCUUUGCAUACCAAAAGACAAAUAGUCAAAAAGCACACAGAAGGGUUGUCAUUUUCCCAGACUGCUCUGAGAAAGUCGGCGUUUUCUUCUGCAGUCCACAGCGUCGACUCACCAUGGAGAGGAUCUUGCUAGUCUUAUUUCUUUCAGCCUGCCUCAUCUUCUCUAGCAGCCUUUCCCGUCAGUACCACUUUGUUAAUCUAUCUCUGACUUGGACUGAAGCUCAGGCCUACUGCAGACAAACGCUUACUGACAUCGUCACCAUCCAGGACUCUGAAGAACUGACCCGGCUCUUGGACACGCUUUCAUCUGCUAGGCACAGCUCUGAAGCCUGGAUUGGUCUCUACAGUGUAAUCCACUGGAGGUGGUCUGAUGGCUUCACAGGGGCCGGUGCUAACUACAGCAAUUGGGAAAUCUAUUUUAAUGAGCCAAAUUUUAAUGGAGCCAGUCAGUUCUGUGUGUCUGUUGGAAGUUCUGGAUUGUGGUGGGACGAUUACUGUUCAGAGGGUUACUCGUUUCUCUGUUACAAUGGCACACAACUGGAUCCUGAAUAUGUUUAUGUGAACAAAGGAAUGAAUUGGUCCGAUGCCCAGAUGUACUGCAGGGAGAACUUUGUAGAUCUGGCUACAGUAAGCAGUGAUGAACAGAACCAGAUGGUCGAGAAAUUGGUGUCUUUUGGAGUCUUCUUGUGGAUUGGUCUCUUUAGAUAUUCAAACUUCUUCUGGUCUGAUGGCAGCAAUGUCUCGUUCACCAACUGGGAUAAUGUCUACAAUCCAAUCGACUCAAUGACUCUUAUCUGUGCCACAACAUCUGUAAGCAAUAAGGGAAAAUGGAGGUUUUUGUCCUGUGAAAACGAAUUACCUGUUGUCUGCUACCACGACCCCAUAGUAAAGAAGCAGAGCGUGAAGGUGAGACUGAAGACUGAGAACUCAGUGAACCUCAACGACGCUGUUCUGAAAGACAGCAUCCUUAAAAAGCUCCAGGACAGGCUGGAGGAGAACGGAGGGAAUGAGAUCACCCUGAAGUGGAGAGAGCAGCCUGAUGGUGAAGUCUUCAAGAAAGAAGGACAAGCAGUGGUGCCUUUUCUUUAAGAUAUAAACGCUAGAUUUAUUGUUUAUUGUCAGAUUUUAACACAGGAAAAUGUUCACUAAAUUAGUUGUAAAAAAUAUAUUUACAAAUGCCAACAUCCACUUGUCUACACCAUCCAUUUGAUCCGAGUCAUAUAAGAAAACACAUUGGUAAAAUACAUUUUAUACAGAUACAGGGUAAACUAAAGCAACGGCAUGACAAACUAAAACAAAUUUAAGAUAUAAGUGUAUGUACAGAUGAAUUUAAGAGUGUGAAAAGGUUGCAAAUUUCUGAUAUACAGUAAAUAUAUCUGAUAUGUACAAUAUGUGUUUUUUGGCUUGAACAUGUUAGGAGUUAAUCAUCUCCAUUCUUUUAUAAGCUUUAAAAGCUGUGAUUAAAACGGCGAGCCUAGUUCUACAGUGGAUCAUCCAUGAUAUGAAGACGUAAAAGAGACUAACUUUCAGAACCACAGAUAAAUUAACCUGUAUUGACUUAGACUGUUUACCUGCUUGUCAGAGACAAGAAUGUUUAGAUAUGAAUGUUAAGUGUGACAAGUUAUUUCUGUUUUAUUUGAAAUAAGCACUAGUUCUGUGGGUGAAACGCAAAAAAGUGAUGGAACAUAAUCUGUAAUAAAUCCUGUUAGACCUUCAUGAAUAGAUGUUAAGACAUAUUUUUUUCUGCAGGUGUUCUGUAUCAGUUUGUUUAAAACAAAUAGUUUUUUUUCUCUUUUACUCUUAUGUUUAGUGUGUGAUUAGGUUGCUGAUUUAUUUCA